CUUCUUUCUCUCUCUUUCUUUUGAAUUUCUUCCUUACAUCCCAUCAACGAUUCAUAUUUUCUAAUUUUUUCCUGCGAAACAAUCACUCCAGACUACUUUUGAUCAGAUGCCCAUUUCCACACUCUUCAAUUUGAUCUGUAACUUUGCUGUUUUGGUGAAAAAAUCAGAAAUAUUGACGAAUUUCAUCUGGGUUUUUGAGGAAUCUUGGGUUUCUAUGACAUGUGUGAUACCUGAAAUUCUCUGACCAGUACAUAAUUUAAGCAGUAUAGAUCUUCUCCUUUGCCUAUUCUGGGCACUGCACAAUUGAGCAGUGCCCAUGGAUGCCUCAACGAGUGGAAACCCAACUAUCCAAUACCAUAAUCUUCCCGAGCAACCAAUCACUGCCCUUGUAACCUCUAGUGUACCCACAUUGCAACGACAACAACGACAUUGCUUUGGCAAUGAAUGUCCCGGAGACUUUCCAUUGUCAGCCAAUCCCUCUAUUGUUCUUCAUGUCCUUACUGCAUGUAAUUUGGAUCCUCACGAUCUUGCUAGUUUAGAGGCAACGUGUUCUUUCUUCAGGCAGCCUGCAAACUUUGCCCCGGACAAUGAGCUGUCCUUAUCAGAGCUUGCUGCUUUGGAUAUGUGCCGAAAGAGAGCUAUAUUUAAGCCAAUGACAGUGGAGGAAUGCCAAGAUUUGAAGCAAAGAUGUGGGGGCUCAUGGAAACUGGUCCUAAGAUUCUUGCUGGCUGGAGAAGCAUGCUCAAGGAGAGAGAAAUCCCAAGCUAUAGCAGGGCCAGGCCACAGUGUUGCUGUGACUUCAAAAGGUGGUGUUUAUUCAUUUGGGUCUAACAGCUCAGGACAGCUAGGGCAUGGCACUACAGAAGAGGAGUGGCGGCCUCGUCAAAUUAGAUCACUUCAAGGCAUUCGUAUUAUUCAAGCCACUGCUGGGGCUGGCCGGACAAUGCUGAUUAGUGAUUCCGGGCAGGUCUAUGCCUUCGGAAAAGACUCCUUUGGGGAAGCUGAGUAUGGAGCUCAAGGAAGUAGACUAGUUACUGCCCCACAGCUGGUGGAGUCUUUGAAAAACAUAUUUGUGGUGCAAGCUGCAAUUGCAAAUUUCUUCACUGCUGUAUUGUCAAGGGAAGGAAGGGUUUAUACAUUUUCUUGGGGCAAUGAAAGCAAACUCGGUCACCAAACAGAACCAAAUGAUUUGGAACCCUAUCCUUUACUGGGAGCACUUGAGAAUAUACCGGUGGUUCAAAUUGCAGCUGGAUACUGUUACCUUCUUGCUUUGGCUUGUCAACCUAGCGGCAUGUCAGUGUACUCUGUUGGCUGUGGAUUGGGUGGGAAGCUUGGACACGGUACAAGAACUGAUGAGAAGUACCCAAGAUUGAUCGAACAGUUUCAGACUUUGAAUCUCCAGCCUGUGGUGGUUGCUGCUGGUGCUUGGCACGCUGCUGUGGUGGGAAAGGAUGGAAGGGUGUGCACAUGGGGUUGGGGACGGUAUGGGUGCUUGGGUCAUGGGAAUGAAGAUUGUGAAUCAGUUCCUAAGGUGGUGGAGUCAUUGAGUGAUGUCAAAGCGAUUCACGUUGCUACAGGAGAUUAUACAACGUUUGUGGUGUCUGAGGAUGGUGAUGUAUACUCGUUUGGAUGUGGAGAAUCGUCCAGUCUUGGACAUAAUACUGGUGGCGCCGAUGGGCAGGUGAAUAGGCACACAAAUGUUCUAAGCCCAGAAAUUGUGACAUCGCUGAAGCAAUUGAAGGAACGGGUGGUACAGAUUAGCCUCACUAAUUCAAUAUACUGGAACGCCCACACAUUUGCGCUCACUGAAUCUGGUACGUUAUACGCUUUUGGCUCGGGUGACAAAGGCCAGCUGGGUGUAGAGCUUGCUGCAAACCAGACCGAAAGGGGAAAUCCUGAGCGGGUCGACAUUGAUCUAGGCUAGCCAUCAACAUCCGUUGCAAAAAAAUCUAUUCCUUAAAUUUAUUGUCACCUUAGGCAUAUCAUACUUUGCAUUUGGUGUUCAUAUGUUUCAUGUUUAUUCUGUGUAUAGAAACAAAGGAUUGUGAAGAAUCAAGGGUUAGCCUAGGUAGCCAGGAGCAUCCUACAGGAAAUAGUUGAUACAUUUGUCAAGCGUUCAUUUUAUCAACUUAUUCAUGUUCAAUGAAUUUCGUAGAAUCAUCAAAUUA